UUAUUUUGUUAAACCAUAAUAAACGCCAAUGUCCGGAGUGAAAGGACAACACCUGUGGCAGAACUAGUGGACGUUACUGAAAUUGUUAAGUCGUCCAUUUAUGACAUUAUACAAACGAAGAAGAUAAUUUUGUAGCAUUGUUUGUUGUUUUAAUGAGCCCACGCGUAACAUGGCUUUCAGGAGAAGACGACUUUUAAUUCCAGUGUCAUUAUAGUGUUCUUUUGUGCGCCACAGAACAUAGUGAUGGUGGCCAAAAAGGCAACAUGGAGCAGCUUGCCAACAAAUACAUGAAGAUGUGCAAAGUGGAGUCCAGCACUGAUUCUGAUUCUGAGAUUAGUCCAAGAUGGUCUGACACCAGCACUAUGGAAUGUGUAAGCAGUGCACCAGAGAGCGGCACUUUAAAGCAGACAUUGCCUCUUGUGCGUGAACCUCCUGGAAAACAUGGCUGUUACUCCUUGUUUCUGGACCCGUACGACGGCAGCUCUGAAGAUUCUGACGACAUGGACGCCCCUAGCAGACGAACGAGACAGCAGGGAAAAGGAGGAGGCCGCCUGUCACGUAAAAACAGGCGUUUUAUCCUCCAUCAUCCUGCAGCGAUUGGCUUUCGGCAGCUUGUGAAAACUCCACCAGAGCAGCAGCAUCUUGUGGACGUCCACAUGAAGUGCGUGGAGGACUCAGAGGUUUGGCUUUGCGAGCUGGUCUCGCUGUCCUCCCAGGCGCACUUGUAUCACGGUGGACCUGCAGAGGAGAUGCCAACCGGCUCAGACGUGAAAGUAAAACUCUACGACGACGACGACUCCGCCAACCCGUGUAACCUGAGGGUUCUGUUCAAGAGGAAACUGGCUGUCCCCGCAGCUGAGGGGCUGGAGCUGGGUCACAGAAAGAGGCAGUGUGUUGUCAACAUGGAAGAAGGAGAUUCUACUUGGGACGCAUGUUAAACUCUUGUGACGCACUUUCCUUAAUGAAGCACUUGUGUCUUCUAAUUUACCUCAAUUGUAACGACAACUCUGUACUGAGACAACUUUUUUUUUCUUUUGUUGGCCUUAACCAUAGUGGAGGAUUGACUUAUUUAAGAUGUUCUUUAGUUUUAUGUUAAGGAAGUGCAUGCUGCAAAAUAAAUGUACCAAUGGAA